GGUCGAACAUUGUGAAAGCCACCCACUGCUGAGGCGGGAGGUUAAAGAACCCCAGGAAAUACCAUAUAUGGGCAGAGAUGGCGACAGCUAGCAACCCGGGUGCAUAAACUCACAGAAACAUGUGACUUCUGGGAAAUCAUGUGUUUCUGAAGAAAUGAAAGCUAAAGAUAAACAAACAGCGCAUGCGUACGCAGGCGCUCUGAAUGAUUGUGAGCACGGCACAGAAAGAGUGCGGCCGGCCCGCUGGUCAGCACUGAUUGGGUCCAAGUCAGGCAGCGUCACAACUCUAAGCCAAUGAAUUUGCUUGUGGGCGGGCAUAACCCGAACCCUGUAGUGUGUAUAAAUAUUUACUCAGCCCGCCACUGGGGGUUCUCCCUGGAGAAAGCACUUAUUUUGUGCGAGGGGGAACCCUAGUGGCCAUUAGCGGAAUAAAACUGCUUUCUUGGAAUUAUUCCAGUUGUCCGUCUCCAAUCCAUCCACUGCGCUCAACAAGGACCGUAGCACAAAGGUUCCGCUACAUUUUCUGGUGACCCCGACGUGAUUUCCUAUAAGACGGGCCAGGAGGUUGGAGACGGAUCCCGUUGGCGGGACGGCCCCAACUCAGCGGUGGGGGCCUGAGGCAACUACCGUGAGACGAGAAGGGGCCCCUGAAUAUUGCAAGACCGGCUGCGGUGCUUGCCUCUGAUGCCAACGCCGACUGACGGUGGGAGCUGCAACACCAGCGAGGUUCCAUAGAAACCAGCCAGGAGGAAAAGGAUCCAGGGAAAAAGCCCAGGGGCGAAGGUUGGUCCGACGUCUACAGAAAUCUGGCAAGUAUAGUGGUUGCAUGAGACAUUAAGGGAACACCAGCGCCGGGAGGGACACAAAAAAGUUCCCAGGGAGGUGGAAAGGGGCUCUGUCUUGUGUUUCCUGACGCAUGCCGUUGAGUGGCCGGGUGCCCAGGCCAGGACAGUCCCCUCUAUUAGGCAGGAUGGGAGGGAAAAAUUCAAAGAGCUCCACUCCCUUACAAUGCAUCUUAGAUAAUUUUGGCUCUUUUGCUAUCAGAGCCGUAGCAGGCAACCCAAGGGACCUGAGAGAUUAUAGACUGAGGAAUUUGUGUCAGGGAGAAUGGCCAGAGUUUGGGUUAGGUUGGCAAGUAGAAGGAACGUGGGAUCUGAAACUGAUCCGAACAGUGGAAGAAUAUUGUGCUGUGAAUCAUCCGAACCAGUGGGUCUAUAUUGCUACUUGGGAACGGGUAGUUAGAGAAGAUCCAGGUUGGGUUCGACAGUGCAGGAAUGGCAAAUGUAUGGUGGUGAAGAAGGAAGGGAAAAAGAAGGAAGUUUUCCAAUCCAAUGAGGAGGACUACCCAGAUUUACAGUUGAGUGUACAGGCUAGACAACAGGAAUUAUUGCCGCCACCCUUGCCACCGCCCCCCCCACCCCAGGGAACAGCCCCCGGUGCACCUACACUAGAAACGAGACCCCCACCCUACUCUCCAGAGUCAACCGAAGCGGCCAAGAAACACUAUCCUAGCCUAGAAAAAUAUCAGGAGGAAACAAAGGAAAAGAAGAGGUCACAACGGAUGCCCAGUGAUGCUUCUCCGGCACAAACUCGGAGACAUGGAGCUCCGGUGUGGCCUGGUGAUUCACCGACUGGCCCGGCCCUCCAGAUGCCCUUAAGAACGGUGCCUGUGAUAAACAACAGGAAUGAGAUAGUUCAAGCAUACCAGGUAGUGCCUUUCAGUAGUAGUGACAUUUUGAACUGGAAAAAUAAUACUCCACCUUAUAGUGAAGAACCCCAAGCUAUGGCUAGGCUAUUGGAAGGGAUUAUGGCAACCCAUAAUCCCACCUGGCAAGAUUGCAGACAAUUGUUGAAUAUGUUGUUCACAUCAGAAGAGAGAAGAGCAGUGUUGAAUAAUGGGGUAGCCAUAGCCCAGGUUGGGGCCCCACAAGAUGGUGAUGCAGCCGAGUGGGGAGCACAGAGGUUUCCUGUGGAAAUAGAUCCCCAAUGGGACACCGCAGAAGAAGGACAUCUGCAGAGACUGAGAGGAUUCCAGCGUAUAUUGGUAGAAGCGGUAAAGAGGGGCCCGCCGCGACCCGUCAACAUUAUAAAAAUUCAGGGAGUGGUACAGGAAAAAUCUGAGUCACCAACAGCCUUUUUGGAAAGGCUGGAGGCAGCAUAUAGAAAGUAUAGCCCGUAUAAUUUGGAGGAUGAAAACGGUAGGAGGGCGAUUCAACAGUCUUUUAUCAGUCAAGCGGCUCCUGACAUCCGGAGAAAGAUUCAAAAGCAACCAGGAUUUCUAGGAAAGACUAUGAAUGAAUUGUUGGCACUCGCAGAUCAAGUUUAUAUGGCAAGAGACCAGGUAGAAGAAGAGAAGAAGGACAGGAAGAAGAAGCAGGAAUACCAAGCAUUAGUUACCAUGAUGGAACAAAGUGCAAGUGGACAGAGAGGAAGAGGAGGAUAUGCCAGAGGGGGACAAGGAGGAAGAAGAGGGCCCCCUCGGAGGUUAGGUCGAGACCAAUGUGCUAAAUGUAAGAAGUUUGGACACUGGAAAGGUGAAUGCCCAGAAGGAAGAGAAGGAAGUCAGGAAGGACUGAGAGAAAGAGGAAGGCCUGAGAGAGGAAGAAACCCAGGAAGGGGAAGAGGACGUGGAAACUACGUACCUUUUCCUGCGAGAGAGGUGAUAGCUGCAGCAGCUGUGAUGGAAGAAGAAUGGGAAGAUAUGGAUGGAGGAGAGGAAUGAGGAAGCCAGGCUCUUGUUUUGUUGGACCCCGGGGAGCCGAUGGUCACACUUGAAAUCGGGGACCAACAAUUGGACUUUUUAGUGGACACAGGUGCUGAAAAAUCAGUAGUAAAUACAAAAAUUAGUCCACCAACUUGGGAAACUACGAAAGUAAUAGGGGUGUCUGGGAAGACCCAGAAGUGCCCCUUCCUCAAGGAACGCACCUGCAAUCUGGCCGGACAUCAGGUCAAGCAUAAGAUGUUAUAUCUUCCAGACUGCCCAGUCCCUUUAUUGGGAAGGGACAUUUUAUCAAAAUUACAAGCACAACUCCAGUUCAUGAAGAAUGGACAAAUGGAACUAUCAUUUCCCAUGGAAGAGGAAUGGAGACUGUUUCAAGUUAGGAUUUUUACUGAAGAAAUACAAUGGCCAUGGCAUGAGACUCCUUUAGUGUGGGCAGAAGAUAAUCCUCCAGGAUUAGCUAAAUAUGUUCCACCGGUGGUGGUGGAAGUGAAAAGAGGAAUGGGACCCAUAUGUAAGCCACAGUAUCCCGUCAGUCGAGAGGCGGUGCAGGGGAUCAGAAAGCAUCUAGAGCGACUUCUGCAGCAUGGGAUAUUGAUACCAUGCAGUUCCCCGUGGAACACGCCCCUGCUCCCAGUCAAGAAACCUGGAGGACAAGGAGAAUAUCGCCCAGUUCAAGAUUUGCGGGCUGUAAAUCAAGUCACCGUUCCCCUAACCCCAGUAGUGCCUAAUCCAUACAUCAUGAUGAGUCUAGUACCAGCAUUUGCCAAAUGGUUUACUGUAUUGGAUUUAAAGGAUGCAUUCUUUUGCAUUCGAUUAGCCCCUGUAUCCCAACCGAUCUUUGCUUUCCAGUGGGAAUCUCAGCAGUCAGGGCAAAGGACCCAGUAUGUUUGGACACGCCUUCCUCAGGGGUUCCGGGACAGCCCGACCAUUUUUGGUCAAGCCCUGGCCAAAGACUUACAGGAUUUUGUAAUACCUAAGGAAGAGGGAAUUUGGCUUCAGUAUGUAGAUGAUCUGCUUGUCGCUUGCCGGACACUAGAGGGCAGUAGAGACCAUACUUUGAGGCUACUCAAGGAAUUAGAAAUAAAGGGUUACAAAGUAUCAAGGAAAAAGGCCCAGUUGUGCUGUCCCACGGUGAAAUAUUUGGUCCAUCUGACCGAAGGAAAGAAGAUGUUAGGAGCUGAAAGAAAGGAAGUUGUUUGUGCCAUCCCCACUCCCAGUACCCGGCGACAGGUGCGGGAAUUUUUGGGAUCAGCAGGAUAUUGCAGACAGUGGAUCCCCAACUACGCCGUGUUGGCUAAGCCACUGUACCAGGCUACGAGAGGUGGAAGAGAAGAUCCAUUUGAGUGGACAGAAGAAUGUCAACAGGCAUUUAAGGCAUUAAAAGAAGCUUUGAUGUCAUCUCCAGCAUUAGGACUGCCCGAUUUGGAAAAACCAUUCACUCUGUUCGCUGCAGAGCGGGAAGGGACAGCGGUUGGAGUAUUGACCCAACCACUAGGUUCAUGGCAAAGGCCGAUUGCCUACUUGUCAAAGCAAUUGGACACAGUGGCUCGUGGAUUGCCACCUUGCCUGAGGGCUGUGGCAGCAUCAGUAGAUUUAAUCAAAGAAGCGAAUAAAUUGACCCUAGGACAGCCACUGACAGUUAAGGUGCCCCAUAGCGUUAAGGCACUGCUAGACACUAAGGGACCGCGCUGGCUCACAAGUGAGAGGUUAAUGAAAUAUGAGGGAUUGUUGUGUGACAACCCACUGGUGACCCUGGAGACUUGCUCCACUCUGAAUCCGGCCACCUUGCUCCCGACUCCAGGAGACACCAAGAUCCAUCAGUGUGCCCAGGUGAUGGAUGAGGUAUUCUCCAGUCGACCGGAUUUGAAGGAUGUGCCACUAACUAAGGUGGACGACACUCUGUUCACAGAUGGAAGCUCCUUUAUGGAAAAUAAUCAAAGACACUCAGGUUAUGCGGUUGUCCGGUGGGGGGGAGAGACGCUGGAAGCAGGGUCACUGCCCCCGGGGACUUCUGCCCAGAAGGCCGAAUUGAUUGCCCUGACCCGAGCGUUGGAAUUGUCAAGCGGAAAGCGGGUUAACGUCUACACAGACUCAAAAUAUGCCUUCACUACCCUCCACGCACACGGAGCACUGUACAAGGAGCGCGGGCUCCUCACGUCUGGAGGAAAGUGCGUGAAACAUGCUGGAGAGAUUGUGGAUCUCCUGGAGGCGGUUUGGAAGCCAAGGCAGGUGGCUGUGAUGCAUUGUAAAGGGCACCAACGUGGAGACGAUCCCGUAGUGCAAGGAAAUAGGCAGGCUGAUCUGGCAGCCAAAGAGGCAGCUAGGCUGCCCUAUAUUGAACAUCAGGUAAUGGCCCUACAGGUAGAAUUAACUGAACAUAACAUUACAUAUACACCAGAGGAAGAAGAAUGGGCCUUAAAGGAGAAGGGUCAGUGGUCAGGAGAACUCAUAGUGAUGCCAGACGCCCGUGUCUACGUCCCUAAGGACUUGGCAUGGCACAUAGUUCAACACAUGCACCAAAAUACACAUUUAGGAAAAAUGGCAUUGGCAAAUCUGCUAGGACGACAGUUGUAUAUCGAUGGAUUACAUAGCCUUUGGGUUCGUGCCAGACUAAUCUGAUCAUGCCAGACUAAUCUGAUCUCUUUUUUCGAUAGAGUUACGAGUUGGGUCGAUACAGGGAAUGCUGUGGAUGUAGCCUACCUGGAUUUCAGUAAGGCCUUCGACAAAGUCCCCCACGACCUUCUGGCAAAUAAACUAGUAAAAUGUGGGCUAGACAAAACUACGGUUAGGUGGAUCUGCAAUUGGCUAAGCAAACGAACCCAAAGGGUGCUCACUAAUGCGUCAUCUUCAUCAUGGAAAGAAGUGACAAGUGGAGUGCCGCAGGGCUCCGUCCUGGGCCCGGUUCUGUUCAACAUCUUUAUUAACGACUUAGACGAAGGGUUAGAAGGCACGAUCAUCAAGUUUGCAGAUGACACAAAACUGGGAGGGAUAGCUAACACUCCAGAAGACAGGAGCAGAAUUCAAAACGAUCUUGACAGACUAGAGAGAUGGGCCGAAACUAACAAAAUGAAGUUCAACAGGGACAAAUGCAAGAUACUUCAUUUCGGCAGAAAAAAUGGAAAUCAAAGAUACAGAAUGGGGGACGCCUGGCUUGACAGCAGUGUGUGCGAAAAAGACCUUGGAGUCCUCGUGGACAACAAGUUAAACAUGAGCCAACAAUGUGAUGCAGCAGCUAAAAAAGCCAACGGGAUUCUGGCCUGCAUCAAUAGGGGUAUAGCGUCUAGAUCCAGGGAAGUCCUGCUCCCCCUCUAUUCUGCCUUGGUCAGACCACACCUGGAAUACUGUGUCCAGUUCUGGGCACCACAAUUGAAGGGAGAUGUUGACAAGCUGGAAAGCGUCCAGAGGAGGGCGACUAAAAUGAUUAAGGGUCUGGAGAACAAGCCCUAUGAGGAGCGGCUUAAAGAGCUGGGCAUGUUUAGCCUGCAGAAGAGAAGGCUGAGAGGAGACAUGAUAGCUAUGUACAAAUACGUGAAGGGAAGUCAUAGGGAGGAGGGAGCAAGCUUGUUUUCUGCUGCCCUGCAGACUAGGACACGGAACAAUGGCUUCAAACUACAGGAAAGGAGAUUCCACCUGAACAUCAGGAAGAACUUCCUCACUGUGAGGGCUGUUCGACAGUGGAACUCUCUCCCCAGGGCUGUGGUGGAGGCUCCUUCCUUGGAGGCUUUUAAGCAGAGGCUGGAUGGCCAUCUGUCGGGGGUGCUUUGAAUGUGAUUUCCUGCUUCUUGGCAGGGGGUUGGACUGGAUGGCCCAUGAGGUCUCUUCCAACUCUACUAUUCUAUGAUUCUAUGAUUCUAUGAUUCUAGCCUAACGGCAGCAGCAGCCCGAAGAUGCUGGACAUGUAUAAAAAAUAACCCCAGAGAAGGACCCCUCAAGCCACCAGGAGUCCAACAUGUGGGUGGGGUACCCUUUGAAGCUUUAGUCACUGACUUUACAGAAAUGCCCCCAUACAAAGGAUACAAAUAUUUACUGGUGUUCGUGGACACAUACACAGGAUGGGUGGAGGCUUACCCUACAAGGACUGAGAAGGCUGUGGAGGUGUCAAAAGCUCUAAUGAAAGAUGUUAUUCCCAGAUUUGGCAUACCCUUAGAAAUUGGAUCAGAUAAUGGCCCCGCAUAUAUUCAACAGGCCGUGCAAGGAUUAUGUAGAAUUUUGGGCAUAAAAUGGAAGUUACAUUGUGCAUAUAGACCCCAAUCUUCUGGAAAAGUGGAAAGAAUGAAUAGGACAUUAAAGGCUCAGCUUGGGAAACUUUGCCAAGAGACAGGAUUGCCGUGGACGGUGGUUUUGCCCAUGGCAUUAUUAGGAAUCAGAUGUACACCACACAAACGGACAGGACUCUCCCCUUUUGAAAGACUCUAUGGACGACCCCCUUUGAGCUUGAAGGGAGCCUUAGAGACAGGAGCUGAGCAACACCUCAUAGGAGAGAAACAGACAUUGGCCCAGGUUCAGGCUUUGGGCAGACAAUUGCAGCAGUUAGAAAAAUACAUUUCUGAAUUGAACCCACCAUUCCCUACCACACCUCUACAUUGUUUUUCACCAGGUGACGAGGUUCUGGUCAAGGAUUGGAAGAUUGAGCCAUUGGGACCCAAGUGGCGAGGACCCUAUGUUGUGCUCCUGUCUACCCCCACUGCAGUGAAGGUGAAGGAGAUUAAGCCGUGGAUACAUUACACCCGUGUAAAACUAGCACCUGAGGAGUGGCGGACGGAGCGAAUUCCUGGUGAGGACCUGAGACUCAGGAUCAUCCGGCAACUCCCUAAGGGGUCAACAAGGCCAUGAAGCUGAUCCCUUCGGGUGCAAUGGAGCGUCGGUGGUCAAGUAUGUCGCAGCAUGGUCCAACAAAGGCGCUCUCCGGGAGAUGGUGGCUAGACAUUUUGAGAGGAAAAAGUGGGAGACAAGUUAUGAGGAGGGGAGGAAAGCGCACUGUGUUUGGUAUAUUAUUUGUGCUGAGUUUUAUUCUCUCUGUUGGAAAAAGAGCACAUGGGAAUUGGAUAAAAGAACAUGCCAAUUAUAUGUUUGAGCAGCACGGGAAAGAGGUAGCAUUAAUAUAUGAACACCCCCUCACCAUAGGAGAUUUUUCAUUUCUUCCCGAUUUAAUUGAUGAACCACAGAUUGUGUUGGAGGGAUUGUCCAAGGCUCAGGAGGGUCCACCUACCGUGUUUUCUAGCAUACCGCAAAAAAUAAAUAAAACUCGGUUUCGACGGUUUAGAUACCAUACCUCCACCAGGGGUUUGUGCUUCUGUUGUGGAGGAUCGGGAAUAUGGAAUUCUGAGUGGAGAUACUGGGGAACUAGGCAGGCGUUCUUUUCCCGAUUAGGCAAUUACUCCCAUUGUCGAGACCGGUUCUAUCUACAUGGAUGAUUUAAUACAUCUUAUGGCUCACGAUUAAAUCUAACCGCAACCGAGUGGGCUAGCAUGUAUCCAGAUUAUCCUACAUUUAGUGUGAAUGAUUCUAUUGAGGGCCUAAAAUCUUAUAUGAACAUACUGCAACAAUUAACCCAACUGAGCCUAGGUAAAAGCCUCUGUCCGUUAUGGCAAAUUAGGGAUCCAAAUCUAUGGUUUUUCUUUGAUAAAUGGGCCACAAAUUAUCACCCCGGCAACUACCAGUGUGUCGGUGUGGGUUAUUUGACAUUCCCAGUUCAGGUCUUACACAAAAGGCAUCAGCGCCUGAAACGGGACAUUGUGCAAACAGGCCCUCUAGGACCAGAAUGCUCGGAUGAGGUCAUUAUUAACAAGGCCCUGUCAGGUUCAGAAGCCUCCCGUGUAGGAGGAGGCCUGAUCACAGGCUUGUUGACCCUGGGUGCUUACCCAGGGAUUGUAGCUCAAGCAAAUCGUAGAAGUGUUCUAGGCCUGACUUGCCGCCUUGAAAAGUCCAUAAAUGCCACUGGUAAAAUUUUCCGGGAAAUCCAGUCUGAAGUAGAAGAAAUCAGCCAGAUGGCCCUACAGCAUAAGCUGGCCCUUGACUACCUACUGGCGGCCAGGGGGGGUUUAUGCGCCAUGGUCAGAGGGCGUUGUGUAGUGAAAUUUCAUAACUUGAAUAGUACUAUUGAAGAUGACAUCGAGUCAUUACAAAAGUUAAUUUACAAUAAUGUCCAGGAGGUAGAAGGUUGGUCUCCCUUCUCCUGGGUGACUAGCUGGUUACCCUCAAUAGAAUGGUUGAAGGACAUAUUGUUGGUAGGGAUUUUAGGAUUGUUAAGAUAAACAAACAGCGCAUGCGUACGCAGGCGCUCUGAAUGAUUGUGAGCACGGCACAGAAAGAGUGCGGCCGGCCCGCUGGUCAGCACUGAUUGGGUCCAAGUCAGGCAGCGUCACAACUCUAAGCCAAUGAAUUUGCUUGUGGGCGGGCAUAACCCGAACCCUGUAGUGUGUAUAAAUAUUUACUCAGCCCGCCACUGGGGGUUCUCCCUGGAGAAAGCACUUAUUUUGUGCGAGGGGGAACCCUAGUGGCCAUUAGCGGAAUAAAACUGCUUUCUUGGAAUUA